GUAUUAAAGCGUCCUUUUGCUAGUUUACGCGUCUGAAACAAAGGGUUUUGCGUCUCAGCAUGUUUUCAAGGACUGUCACGGCGCUGGCGCGCAGCCGGCCGCCGUUCGCCGUCUUCUACAAAUCCAUGUCCGGCGUGCUCACUAAAAUGGCUCCCGUGCAGCGGAUGAAGGUGGCCAGUACUCUUUGGCGCAGGACGGCGCCGAGAUACGGCAUUCGCUACUCCGCCCCUCGCGUGGCGGCGGCGAAGGAGAUUUACAAGAAAGAGGGCAGGCGUCUGGCCCCAGGCGUGAAGGCUGCGGCGACGAAGCCCGCUCGCCGUUCCCGCAAGUCGAAGGCGGCGAGGCGGUCGCGUAAGGCAUCUGCGACAUCCAAGAAGAACAAGAACACGAAGAGGUCAUCGAAACGCGUGAAGGCUUCCCGUGCCACGGCCACCCGCGCGAAGCCGGCCAAAAAGGCUGUCACACCGUAUGCGUCUUUCACGGCCAACGUGCUGAAGCAGACAAAGCUGGCGCCGACAGCGACAAACAAAAGUCGUGUGUUCCGCAUGUGGCUCCUGACGGGGCAGCAGCGCUCUUCGUCCUUGACGAAGCGCAUUUCGAUGGCGGUGCGGCUCCUCAACAAGGAUCAGAGAAGCAGGCGCAAACUCAGCAAAAAGCUGACAAGGAAAGCAGGUAAGAAGACAACAAAGCGUAGCUCCAAGGCACGCAAGACAGCCGCGAAGAAGUCGCGUAAGCUACGUCGCAGCGUCACGAAGAAAACGAACAAGACGAAGAAGUCGCCUAAAGCUGCUGCGAAACAGUCGAAGGCACGGAAAGCGCGUCUCGCCUCACGCAAGAAAGCAAUGACACGCCGUCGUGUCCGCAAAGCAGCUGCGGCCAAGUCAAAGACGCGCAAGUCAGCGGCCCGUAAGGCGGCGGCGGCGGCAAAGACAAAGAGCCGUAAGUCAGCAAUGCGCAAGUCCAAGGCGAAGGCCGCUCGCAAGCCCCGCAAAGCCGCCGCAAGGCCGAGGGGGCGUCGUGUGGCGGCGAAGAAGAUGAAGCAUAUUGCCCGCAAGACGCCGCGGCGCAGCAACCCGUACAUUGAAUUCUACCGGCGCGUAUGUAUGACAGGUCUGCUGCCGAAUGGGCCGAAGGUGGUCGGCUCGCGCACGAUUAAGGCGCUGUGGGCACGCACGCACAAGCUGCCCACCAUGGACGCCCGCGUGGCCCAGGCGACGAGACUGCUCGAGGCGCAGACGGGGGCCAGCGCGAAGACAGUUGUCUCUCCUGUGCGUGCGUUGGUGCCUCGCAAAAACGCCGCUGCGUCCCACACACACGCCCCGGCGACGGUGGUGUUGAAGGAGAUCAAGGUGCCACACUACUACGAGAAGAACCCCUUCGGGGCGACCUACGCGGCGCUGCUGCCGAUGCUGCAGACCAUCCCCAGCUCCACGCGCAUGGCACACGUCGCGAAGGCGUGGACGAGCACGGCGCUCAAGAAUGACCACCGCUCAGCGAAGCAGCGCAUCGCCGCCGUGGCGCAGCAAUUGAAGGCGUAA